GCUAAAUAAAAGAGACGUGUGUACUCAGUGAGUCAGUGUCUAGUAGUACUCAUAAAGAGUUAUAGAGAGAGCUACGCAAACGUUCGUGUAGUAGGCAAUAAGCGAAGAGAGCAAAUCUGCGAGAAUUCGAAGAAAUGGCGGCCAUUACUCUGAACAGCGGCUACCAAAUGCCGGUAAUUGGUCUCGGCGUUUGGCGCAUGGAAGGCAAAGACAUUAAGAACCUUAUCAACAAUGCUAUUAAGCUCGGAUAUCGUCACUUUGACUGCGCUGCUGACUACAAAAAUGAAAUGGAGGUAGGGGAGGCUCUCGAGGAGGCUCUCCAGACUGGUAUCGUCAAGAGGGAAGAUCUUUUUGUCACAACCAAGUUGUGGAACUCGGACCAUGGUCAUGUUCUUGAGGCCUGUAAAGACAGUUUGAGCAAGCUACGCUUGGAUUAUCUAGACCUUUACCUUGUUCACUUCCCUAUUGCCACAAAACAUACAGGAGUUGGUACAACGGCAAGUGCAAUGGGGGAGGAUGGAGUUCUGGACAUAGACACCACCAUAUCAUUAGAGGCUACUUGGCAUGCCAUGGAGGAUCUUGUUUCCAAAGGCCUGGUUCGCAGUAUAGGAAUCAGCAACUAUGACAUUUUCCUUACCCGGGAUUGCUUAGCAUAUUCAAAGAUCAAGCCUGCUGUGAACCAAGUCGAGACACACCCCUACUUCCAGCGCGAUUCCCUCAUCAAAUUCUGUCAGAAACACGGAAUAUGUGUUACGGCCCACACUCCUCUUGGUGGUGCUGUUGCCAACACUGACAUGUUUGGUUCAGCAUCAUGCCUUGAAGAUCCCAUUCUCAAAGGCAUUGCUGAGAAGUAUAAGAAGACAGUGGCUCAGGUUGUGCUCCGGUGGGGCAUCCAGAGGAACACAGUGGUGAUACCAAAGUCAUCAAAGCUCGCAAGACUUGAAGAAAAUAUCAGUGUUUUCGGAUUUGAACUUGGCGAAGAGGACAUGGAACAGAUCAAGAGGCUCGACAGAAACUAUAGGACCAAUCAACCGGCAAAGUUUUGGGGCAUAGAUCUGUUUGCAUGAAUUUCACUUGGUAUAGGCCCUGUUACGAGUCUCAGUGUUCAUGUAAGGCUUUAAAGUGUACUAUGCUCUGUUUCUAGAGCUGGUUUUGCUAUGCGACAAUUUUCAUAUAUUCUGGUCGAAUAAAAGAAUCCUCAGAAGCAAGUGUCGAAGAGAAGAUAUCAUUAGUUAUUUAGUCAA